AUGGUUUUGAUGAAAGGUAGCAGUGAAGACUCGAAAAGUGAAAAUUCACAAAGCGAUUGUGAAAACGAUAAAAUUGAUUCAAACAAUUCCAUUGAGAAUAAUAAUAACUACAACGCUACGCAAACAAAGCAAGCUUACAGGGAAAAGCUUGCGGAGGAUCCAUCAUAUGUUCCUAGAUUUGGAGAUUUUUGGGUCAUGAUGACCGAUUUGUCAAAGCAGAAGUUAAAAUUUUUCACAAACUUAGAAAGUUCCUAUAUGACUUUUGAUAGUUUAUAA